CUCACAUUCACACUCACUCACUCACUACUAAAAAUUUUACACCCAAAUUAAAACAACCCUUUCUGUCUUUUGUAGCCCUAAAAAAUGGCUUCAAUGGCAUCAGCUGCCCUUUCUUCCAAGCUAAACAAGCCAGCUUUCCUAGACUCACCCAUCUAUGGCACCCCUUUAACCACACCCAUCAACAAAACCAUCUCAUACAAGCAACAACCGUCCAAAUCUUCCAUCUCGAUGUCGGCCGCCCCGGCCCCUCCCCCGUACGACCUUAACAACUACAAAUUCGACCCGAUCCGUGAGUCAAUCGUGUCUCGGGAAAUGACCCGGCGUUACAUGACCGACAUGAUCACGUACGCCGAUACCGACGUGGUCGUGAUCGGGGCCGGGUCAGCCGGGCUUAGCUGUGCUUACGAGCUCAGCAAGAACCCGGACAUCAACGUCGCCCUUAUCGAACAGUCGGUUAGCCCUGGCGGAGGAGCAUGGCUCGGUGGCCAGCUCUUCUCCGCCAUGGUUGUCCGUAAACCGGCUCAUCGUUUCCUCGAUGAGCUCGGUAUCGAAUACGAUGAGCAGGACAACUACGUUGUCAUCAAACACGCUGCUCUAUUCACUUCCACCAUCAUGUCUAAGCUCUUGGCUAGACCCAAUGUCAAGCUCUUCAAUGCCGUGGCUGCCGAGGACUUGAUCGUGAAAUCGGGCCGUGUCGCGGGUGUUGUUACUAACUGGGCCUUAGUGUCCAUGAACCACAACACCCAGAGUUGUAUGGACCCGAAUGUCAUGGAGGCUAAAAUUGUGGUUAGCUCAUGUGGUCACGACGGUCCAUUCGGCGCCACGGGUGUGAAAAGGUUACAAGACAUUGGUAUGAUCAAGACUGUUCCUGGGAUGAGUGCCUUGGACAUGAACUCGGCCGAGGAUGCUAUUGUGAGAUUGACUAGGGAAGUUGUUCCUGGUAUGAUUGUUACUGGUAUGGAGGUUGCUGAGAUUGAUGGUGCUCCUCGAAUGGGUCCAACUUUUGGGGCUAUGAUGAUAUCAGGACAAAAGGCAGCCCACUUAGCACUAAGAGCAUUGGGCCUAGACAACGCUCUUGAUGGGCCAGCAACCGAGAAGCUACAGCCCGAGUUUACAUUGGCUUCUGCUGAAUCUUCUGAUGUUGUUGAUGCUUAAAAUCUUGAAGCCCAGCCCAUUCCGGCCCAUAUUAUGCCUAAUGUUAUGAGAGGGUGAAAUUAAGCCUGUGUAAUAAUAUAGGUGUUGUGAGCCAAGAGCUCUAACUCAACCCCUUUGGUCAUUUUGUGUGUUUGGUCAAAAUUUGGGUGUGUUGUACAUGCAACUUCCUGUAGAACCUUUGGUUAUUUCAUAAAUAGUACUCCGUAGUUUUUGGUUCACUUUAAGACCUAAAGCCGAGCAAUCGGUCAUGAUCUAUGCUUUGGUUCAGCUCAACUAGUGUUGCGUGACACACGAUGAACUGAUCGUGUUGGCAAUCCACUGUUUUACCAUGUCAAUUGUGUACUUACGAAGAUUUCUUGUAUGUGUACAACAUCAAUUGUGUACCUACGAAGAUUUGUCCUAUAUAUAUGCAUAUUAUUUCA